CGGAAAACGGGCAGAGUUUGACAGACCAACGAAGCCGGAGUCCUCCUUUACACAAUGUUGCUGAGGUGUGCUUGCCCCCUUCUGGCCGUCUCUUCGCUUCUCCAAUGCGGAGCACUCUCCCGCAGUCUCCACACCUCGCCCGGCGGCGCGAUGGAGGCCGCCUUCUCGAUGUCUGUGGCUCAGAAGGACAAGCGGGCAAAGCCAUCGCCCCAGGCGCGUCGCCAGCUGGACCCUUCGCCGCAUGACAGGGGAGUUCAAGGAGCGCUGGGACCGUCGCUGACGAGCCUGGACAGCCAGCGAGAUCUGCGGCUGAUCUACAACCGGCUGCAGCCGGAAACGCAGCCCAAGACAGAUCCCCUCGACGCCCUCUUUGGCAAGGCGAUGGCCAUCACGCGGGAGGAAUUUGUCAAAGUAAGUGAGUCAAACGACGCUAUCUAUGACGCUAUGGUUGCCUGCACCUGACUGUUGUCAUGUGGUGCAGCUGGUUCCAGGGCUCGAGUACUGCCCGCCUCCCAUCCAGGAGGGCGAGCCGGAGUUCUGGGACGAGGUGGACGAGACCAAGUCGCAGCUGCACAUACAGUCGGCCGAGAUGCUGCGGGAGGACGGACCCAUCAGCACCAAGGCUCUCAACGGCGUAUUCGACGCUCUCUCGGGUGGCGCGGAGACCCUCGACAAGGUCACUGUGCAGAAGCGCCUCGCGCAGUGGGGAGCCAAGGGUGAGUGAACUGGGACAACCGUGCAGGCAAUGAGUUGCAUUGCCUGCCAGAUCACUCUCCCUGUGUGUGUGCGUGGAUGGGCUGCUGCAGGUUCUGAUCAGUUUGCUGAGCGGAUCGAGUCGGCGUUGGCUUCGAUGAACACGACCUCGCCCAUUCUGAUCAGCGGGCAGAACGUCUAUGUGACGCCGGCGAUGCGCAAGUACGUCGACACCAAGAUCGGCAAUGUCAUGGAGCGGUUCCACUCGUGGAUUAUGCAGGUGCGGACACGCCCACACCCACACCCGCAAUCACAACAGGGCCUUUGUCCACGUGUGUGCGUGCUGUGUGUUGGUGUGCAGGUGUCAGUGAAGCUCUACGAGGAGUCGAGGGCUUUGGAGGGGUCGCGCAAGGUGCCGGAUCGGUUUGUGUGUGAGGUGAUUGUCUAUCCCAAGGGCAGCCACAGCAUCGAGGUCAGGGCCAAGGGCGAAAGCAUGUACGCCGCCAUCGACGUCGCAGAGACGCAGAUAAACAGACAACUCAGCAAACACAAGGUGGGCGGGGCGGGGCGGGCUUCGUCAGUGGCCAUGGGAGCAGCACAACACACACAUGAAUGAGUCCCUCUGUGUCUGUCUGUCUGUCUGUGAUGGCCAUUUGUAGGAGAAACGAUUGCGUGACAGGCUGAAGAGCGGGUCCAUUCUCGUCGGCGAGACACCCGGCUCACCCACUGCAGUCGAGAAUAAGGACCCUGAGAAGGUAGCGUAACAAAGCGGUUAAUCGACGACUGAGGCUGGAUGAGAGAUUGGCCGACCUGGACGUGUGUGUAUGUGUGUGUGCAGAUUGUGGAAGAGUCGGUCAUGGAGGAUCUGGCAAUGAACGAGGUGUAUGACGAGGGCAUCCCGCCCCCAGGGCCUGUCGAUGUGGCCGAGGAGGCAGACGGCGGCAUCAGGGUCUGCACCCCCACCCACCCACCCACCCACAUGGCAUGGAUGUCGAAUGAACCCCAUAUCGCUUGUUCACUGUGUCUGUUUGUCUGUGCUUGCGAUUGAUUGCCAGGUCGAGCGAGGCAUCCCCCUUGCCGAAGCUGAGAGCAUGGUGCGUCCCGUACACCGACACACACACACACACACACAGAUGGACACGACACCUUUACGGAUCGGAUCGUGUGUCGGUGGGUGCGGUGCAUGCAAUGCAGGGCAUGACGUCAUGGCCGACAUGGAGCUGCGAUGCCAGCACUUUCCCAUGGAAAUACGACCAGGAAGAGACGUGCUACAUUCUCGAAGGUACACACACCCCACCCCCACCCCCACAGACACAGACACACGUGCCAUGCACCUCUCUCUCUGUCUGUGUGUGCAGGUGAGGUCGAGGUGGUGCCGAUGACCCCCACUGGGGAGGGCAGGCCCGUCAAGAUCACCGCGGGCGACAUCGCCAUCUUUCCCAAAGGGCUGGGGUGCACCUGGAAGGUCACCAAGGCCGUCAGGAAGCACUACCAAUUCAAGUGACCCCACCCACCCUGGAAGCCAAUCUUGGAGAAGGGAUUUGUCAACCGACGGGAGAGAGGGAGAGAUGGACAGACAGACAGUACACUACCGUGUACGCAACGCAUGGCGAGAGAGAGGAUAGGGGAGAGGGGCGUGGGUGGAGUGCAGUGCAGUUGCCGACCUACCACUACUACCAACCACUGAGCUCUUUUUCGGAUUGAUUGAUUGAUGUAACAUGGCAGGCAGGUCCAGGGGGUGGGAGACUCACACGAGGGGCAGGGCAACGAACGAACGGUGAGGGGUGCGGUGUGGUGUGAGGCCUUCUUUCUUCUGUGUCUGUCGGUCUGUGUCUGGGAUGGGAACAAAGUGCGGCCGUGCCGGUGGGUGUUGGGACGGAACGGACAAGACGGAAUGGGGUCGUCUUGAUUGAUACGCUCACUGUAGGCGCUGGUUGAUACGAUAGACUAGGUGGGCGGGCGUGUGUGUGUGUGUUUUCAGCACACAUUAGCUGCUGACUGAGCGUCCAGGCAUCAGUAAGUCAGGCUCACAUACUGCGCCUGCUUCUCUGCUCCGUCCGCUCAAAGGGGCUGGCUGGCCAAUGUGCUUGAUGUGGUGGACGGACGCCAAGCCUGACUUGACGUGUGCGUUGGGUGCCUGCCUGAAUGGACCUACUCAGUGGUGGUUGCUGAAUCAAGUGACUGACAAG